AUGGUCGCCCAGGGCGUGGUGCAUGGAGGCGCGCACGUACAGCAGCUCGCUAUCCUCUGGACUGAACGCCAGCCCCUUGUUGCACCACUCUAUGGCGCCCCUGUGCGGUUGGAUGGGAUGCAGGGAGAUGGGGAUAGGUGGGGUGCAUACGCAAGGGAAUACAUGUGGUGCAUGUUGAGUCGACUGAGUGAUCCCCUCAGUGGAUGCAGUGUGAUUCGCCCUUUUGCACCCACGCCUCGCCCUCCCACAGGUGUGCCUCCUCCCCUGGCUGUGCCUUCCCUGGGUGUGCCUUCCCUGGGUGUGCCUUCCCUGGCUGUGCCUUCCCUGGCUGUGCCUUCCCUGGCUGUGCCUUCCCUGGCUGUGCCUUCCCUGGCUGUGCCUUCCCUGGCUGUGCCUUCCCUGGCUGUGCCUUCCCUGGCUGUGCCUUCCCUGGCUGUGCCUUCCCUGGGUGUGCCUUCCCUGGCUGUGCCUUCCCUGGCUGUGCCUUCCCUGGCUGUGCCUUCCCUGGCUGUGCCUUCCCUGGCUGUGCCUUCCCUGGCUGUGCCUUCCCUGGCUGUGCCUUCCCUGGCUGUGCCUUCCCUGGCUGUGCCUUCCCUGGCUGUGCCUUCCCUGGCUGUGCCUUCCCUGGCUGUGCCUUCCCUGGCUGUGCCUUCCCUGGCUGUGCCUUCCCUGGCUGUGCCUUCCCUGGCUGUGCCUUCCCUGGCUGUGCCUUCCCUGGCUGUGCCUUCCCUGGCUGUGCCUUCCCUGGCUGUGCCUUCCCUGGCUGUGCCUUCCCUGGCUGUGCCUUCCCUGGCUGUGCCUUCCCUGGCUGUGCCUUCCCUGGCUGUGCCUUCCCUGGCUGUGCCUUCCCUGGCUGUGCCUUCCCUGGCUGUGCCUUCCCUGGCUGUGCCUUCCCUGGCUGUGCCUUCCCUGGCUGUGCCUUCCCUGGCUGUGCCUUCCCUGGCUGUGCCUUCCCUGGCUGUGCCUUCCCUGGCUGUGCCUUCCCUGGCUGUGCCUUCCCUGGCUGUGCCUUCCCUGGCUGUGCCUUCCCUGGCUGUGCCUUCCCUGGCUGUGCCUUCCCUGGCUGUGCCUUCCCUGGCUGUGCCUUCCCUGGCUGUGCCUUCCCUGGCUGUGCCUUCCCUGGCUGUGCCUUCCCUGGCUGUGCCUUCCCUGGCUGUGCCUUCCCUGGCUGUGCCUUCCCUGGCUGUGCCUUCCCUGGCUGUGCCUUCCCUGGGUGCGCCUGCACGUUCUCGCAUUUCCACCCGUCCCACGACCCACCCACCUCAUUUGGACAGUGAGAGUGCCAUGCCAUGA